AUGUGGGUAUUAAAUGGUGUAUCACAGCUGUCAAAAGUUUCCUCGUGCUCAGACAAAGAGAGUGUUGUUGGUGGAAGACAAAUGAAUAAUGGAGGUCUACUACUGUUGUCAAAAAAGAAACUUCGCAAAGUUUCAUAUACUGAUUUCCAUCCUUCAACAAAAGAAGCUAUUUCAAGAGGGUAUCUUACAGCAAAGAUAAAAGAUUUUGCACUUGUUGUGUGCGCCCAUUUAAGCCCUGCCACGUCCGACGUGUUUUUUGAACCUGAUCUUCUUAAUGCAGGAUUCACUUCAUAUUCUGAAAUAAAUACAUUUGAGGUAAAAGCUCUCGUCAAACGUUUUGCGGCGAUAAAGCCUGUUAUACUUUUGGGCGACAUGAACACAGGACCUAAAUUUAAAUCAAAGCAAACUUCUCGACUCCCAAAUAACUACAAAAGGCUUAAGAAACAUUUCAAAACGAGACCAGUGAAAGGAUACACGUUCAUACAUCCUAACGAUGCAUCCAAUCAAUCGAUCCUUAACCAUAUAUUUGUAAAGAAUCUUUCAAUACAUUACACAAAGAGAGUUUUCGUGCCGAAAAAGGGUGAAACUCCCAUGAGUGACCACGUUGGUGUGAUGUCCACUUUGAAACAACAAAAAUAAAUCAAGAUGAAACACUUUUAUUGUAGACAUGUCUAGCGCGCAUUUACUCUCUGAUUGUACUUAGGUGUAAUAUUUUUUACAAUUUGAAAUUGUUUUCGAAACAUGAUUUUUGUUUCUCUAGUGUGAAAUUAUGAAAGUCAAAGUGAAUAACAUUCAAAAAUUUGAUUUUUCUUACUGUUUUUUGUUUGUCAAUCUAUAUUUUGUAUAGUAAGAUAUCUUGCAAAUAAACAGUGCAAAGGGCAUGAACAAAUAUAUGUUACAAUUUUAUGUGCAGGGAACAGCUCUCUGAUUAGAAACGAAUCUGGAAAUGAUUGAUGUCAUCAAUUUUCGAACCUGAUACUUAUGGAUCAUGUUAUAUUUACUGAAAAUACAAAUGUAUAUUUCAUAUAGCA